GCUUUCCACUUAUAUUAAAAAAAUAAAAAUAAAAGUUACUCAUAUAAAUUUGACUAAUCCAUCCCCUUAAUUCCCACAAAACCUUUGAAAAUCGUUGCUCUCUCUCUUUCUAUCUGGUACCUCCUCCGUGACAAACGCUCAUGGAUUCCACGCUCCCACAUGAAGUCCCGGAUUCCUUCCUUUCAAUCCCAUAAACCCUCAGAUUCACAAAAACCACUGCCCAGAUCAACUUACUAAGAAAGAGAAAAGUCACCCAGAUUCACUUUUUCCAAAAAAAAAAUAAAUAAAUAAAAUUACGUACUCUUUUUAUCCCCUCGUUUCUUGAUCACGCACAUCCCAGAUAUCGAGCUAAUUUGUCAAUCUUAAAAUUGUGGUAUGCUUUGAGGAAAUCACAGAAACUGAACACGCGGAAAGCAGACAGCACUUGCGUCUUAAAUUGGUGUGUUUUUACUUUUUUUGUUGUUUUCCGAGGAUGCAUAGAUCUGGAGCAGCGAUGGCCUGGAACGUGUUCCAGUUCUGCACAGCACUGCGGGGGCUUGGCUCAAUCAUGAUCCUCUUGGUUCUUGGCGUCGUGGGUGUUACCUACUACGUCGUCGUUUUGACUAAUUAUGGCCCGGCUUUGUACGAUGGUGGCCUCGAUUCUCUCAUUGCUCUUGCCGUAUUGAUCUUGUUCCAUUGCUUGUUGGUGAUGCUAUUGUGGAGUUACUUUUCCGUUGUUUUGACCGAUCCGGGAAGUGUACCUCCAAAAUGGAGGCCUGCUGUCGAUGAGGAGAGAGGAGAAGCCGACCAGUUGAACGGGUCAGAGUUCAGUAACCUGACUGCGGACCCUCCGAAUCAUAGAAUCCGGUCCUGUCGGAAGUGCAACCAGCUGAAACCACCUCGAUGUCAUCACUGCUCUGUUUGUGGACGAUGUGUGUUGAAGAUGGACCAUCACUGUGUGUGGGUUGUUAAUUGUGUCGGGGCAUUAAACUAUAAAUAUUUUCUUCUCUUCUUGUUCUACACGUUUCUGGAGACAAGUCUUGUAACAUUGUCGUUACUUCCACAUCUAAGAGCAUUGUUUAGUGAUGGAGAAAUACCUGGGACUCCUGGCACCCUUGCAACCACAUUCCUUGCCUUCGUCCUGAACCUUGCUUUUGCGUUGAGUGUUAUGAUGUUUCUAAUAAUGCACAUACGAUUGGUGGCUGCCAACACCACAACAAUUGAGGCGUAUGAGAAGAAAACCUCUCCAAAAUGGCGCUAUGACCUUGGUCAAAAGAAGAAUUUUGAACAGGUCUUUGGGAUGGACAAGCGAUACUGGUUUAUCCCUGCAUAUUCAGAAGAAGACAUUCGACGGAUGCCAGUACUGCAGGGGCUUGAAUAUCCAUCAAAGCCAGACUUCGAUUCCCAGGAGUUCUAAGAAUCAAAGGUGCCACAUUGCGAGAAAUCCUUAUUUCUUCCCUAUAAGAAUAGAUAUGGGAGCUUCCGAAACUGUUUACUAACAUCUUCAUUGACUGAAAAGCUUACAACCAAUUGGGCACUUAACACAUUCAUUCACCCGGGCGUCGUCUUAUCCAUAACAAAGGGAGUUCAGGGUGAGAGAGAGAGAGAGAGAGAGGGUAUUGUAUCCAGGAUAAAGGAAAAGCAGGUGGGUAGCAGUAUAGUUGGGGAUGGCUUGAUGGGCUAACGUUAAUUUCAUGCUUUUCAACUUCAGUUUUUGGCAAAGUUUGGGGAAACUGUAAAAUAGGGGUUGCAAGUUUUUCAUAUGGUGGUAUGCCGAUAUUCCUCUGGCUUCUUUGCAUUGAUGUUUGGUGGAAAAAUAUGGAAUCGGUCUGAGUGGCUUCGGCACAUGUUAGGGAUGAUCAAUCAAGUCACUGUACGCUUUCUAUACAUUCUUACGAAAUUAUCUAAUUUCAUUACCAGA